AUGCUGGCUUUCUUAGUUGGACUCUUAUACCUAGUGAGUGGACGCACGGUGCGCGCUCAGGAUGCGACAGGUAGCCGCUUCUUCUGCUCCGCCAUCCCGGCGGGCGCCGAACCUAGCUGCUCGUUCGAACCCAACGGUAACCGCGUGCAGAGCACCAGCCCCGUGGAGGAUGAGUUACGGAACACCAUCCUCCAACUCCGAGAGACCAUCCUCCAGCAGAAGGAGACUAUCGUGAGUCAGCAGGGCACUAUCAAGGAGCUGAACUCCAAACUGGCCCGCUGCGAGGCGGCCGCGGAGGACUCGGCGGGCAGGUCCAGGGGCCAGAGCUCCAGGCGGAAGGACUACAGUAAGAACACAAUGGGAGACCUUCCCAGGGACCCCACGGUAACUAUAGACCAGCUGGGAAAGACCAUGCAGGGGCUCAAGGGUCGGUUGGAGAAUCUGGAGCAGUUGCGUGCCAACACGUCAGCAGCAGCAGCAGCAGGUGCGGGUGGGAAUGCAGUGGGGCCCCUACCGGCGGAGCUGCGGGAGCUGCUGAAGCACCGUUUGGGGGCCCUAGAGGGCCAGCUUCUGAGGAAGGUGGCCGAGCUGGAGGAAGAGAAGAGCCAGCUGUACAACGAGACGGCCGCCCACCGUCAGCGAACCGAGAGCACCCUCACCUCACUGCUGGAGAGGAUCACAGAGCUGGAGAGAAGUAACAACGCAUUUAAGUCACCCGAGGAUUUCAAGGUGUCUCUCCCCCUGCGCACCAACUACCUGUACGGACGCAUCAAGAAGAGUCUCCCUGAGAUGUAUGCCUUCACAGUGUGUAUGUGGCUGAAGUCCAGCGCCAGCCCUGGUAUAGGAACCCCCUUCUCCUACGGGGUGCCAGGACAGGCCAAUGAAAUCGUGCUCAUCGAGUGGGGCAACAACCCCAUAGAGCUGUUGGUCAACGACAAAGUGGCCCAGUUGCCCCUGUCGGUGAGCGACGGCCGCUGGCACCACAUUUGCAUCACCUGGACGACGCGGGACGGCUUCUGGGAGGCAUACCAGGAUGGGGAGAGGCUGGGCACCGGGGAGAACCUGGCCCCCUGGCACCCAAUUAAACCUGGAGGGGUGAUCAUCCUGGGACAGGAACAGGACAUGGUGGGGGGUCGUUUCGACGCCACCCAGGCCUUCGUUGGCGAGCUGAGCCAGUUCAACAUGUGGGACCGGGUCCUCCGGCCUGUGGACAUCAUGGGAAUGGCCAACUGCUCCUCCUACAUGCCCGGGAACAUUGUUCCCUGGAUCGACACCAACGUAGAAGUCAUGGGAGGAGCAUCCAAGGUGGCGUUGGAGAUCUGCGAGGACCGUAUGUUCGAACCGUAA